UGAAAAAUAUUGGAAAAAUUUUAAUUUAAAACCAUCAUAUCAAUCACGUGUAUUGUGGAAAUUAUUUUUCAAAUUCAUUUGUCUUCAGCCAGCCACAAGUGUAUUGUGAUAGUGACACUUUAUGAGCGGGAAAUUUUCUCACUUUGAUUAAUUACAAAAACAAGCAAUGCCAAGAAAACGCAAAGGGGUUGAUCUGAGCCGCAGUACAAGCAGAGCUCGAAGGUUGCAAAAUAGCAGAUCCGAAAGAACAGAAGAACAAAUCCAGCUACAAAAUACUGAUGCACGUGUCAGAAUGACGCGAUUGCAUCAAGAAGAGCCAGAAGAUACACGAGAUGAACGCAAUGAAGUCAGAAGAUUAGAACAACGACAAUCACGCCGUUUCACAGUCAAUAGACGAAGAACAAAUAACCAACAACGACAACAGGUACAUCGAGCAUUUAUAUCUGAUUCAUUCCUGCGUCUAGCAUUCCAGUAUGAGCCCGAUAUUGAAUAUUAUGCUCAUUCAAAAGUGGUAAUUGGUGCUAUGGACAAGGAAUGUCCGCGUUGUCAUGCUCUGAAAUUCAAAAAUGAGCCAGCUGGGAUGUGUUGCGCGUCAGGAAAAGUGCAACUACCUGAAAUUGAAACACCACCUGAACCAUUGAACGGCUUACUUAACGGCACGGAUCCAGAUUCUAACGUGUUCCUGAAGUCAAUUCUAAGAUUCAAUUCAUGCUUUCAAAUGACAUCGUUCGGAGCAACAGAAAUAGUUCGAAAUACUAAUGCAAAUGGUCAACAAUUCAAUUCUACAUUCAAAAUCAGAGGCCAAGUUUAUCAUAAAAUGGGCUCACUGCUGCCAAUGCCAAACGAACCACAUAAAUUCUUACAAAUUUACUUUAUGGGCGGCGAGGAUUCCGGAAGCGCACUUGCCAAUCGCGUGAAUGCACGUUGUAAUUAUAAUAACCUUGAUUCACUUUAUGCCAGGUUGUUGUUGUUGUUGAAAAUAUUCAAAUCACAUAUGCACCAAUUACAAAGCGAUAAUCACGCUAUCGUCAUUAAUCCUGAUAAAACACCAGCUGGAGAGCAUAUUCGUAGAUUCAAUGCACCCGUUGUUGAUGAUGUUGCUGGAAUCAUGGUUGGCGAUUCUACAGCUGCACGAGAAAUUGUGAUUCGUAGAAGAAAUAAUAAUCUUCAGUUCAUUUCUGACACACAUCGUUCAUAUGACGCUCUCCAAUAUCCGCUAAUAUUCUGGAAGGGACAAGACGGAUAUUGCAUAAACAUGAAACAACGAGAUACCGUAUCAGGAGCUGAAACAAACAAGAACGUUAGCUCAAAGGAUUAUUAUGCGUACCAAUUAAUGAUUAGACGUGGCCUGGACAACGUCAUUUUACGAUGUCGUGAGCUUUGUCAACAAUUCAUGGUCGACAUGUACGCGAAGAUUGAGAGCGAACGACUACGAUACUUACGAUAUAAUCAACAAAAGCUGCGCGCGGAAGAGUACAUUCAUUUGCGAGACGCUAUCAACAACAACGCCGACGUCGCCGAAAUUGGUAACCAUGUCAUUUUACCAUCAUUGCACGUAGGCAGUCCACGUCAUAUGCAAGAAUAUAUACAGGAUGCUCUGACUUUCGUGCGCGAAUAUGGACGACCAUGUUUAUUUAUCACGUUCACAUGUAAUCCAAAAUGGCCAGAGAUUACAUCUUUGCUACUGCCUGGCCAAAAUGCAAUACAUCGCCAUGACAUUACAGCACGUGUGUUCAAACAAAAGUUGAAGUCUUUAAUAAGUUUCAUUACUAAAUCACAUGUAUUUGGUCCCACACGUUGCUGGAUGUAUUCGGUUGAGUGGCAAAAGCGAGGAUUACCUCAUGCACACAUUUUGGUUUGGUUCAUCGACAAAAUCCGUCCUGAAGAAAUCGAUAGCAUCAUUUCUGCGGAAAUUCCAGAUCCAUCCACUGACCAACUGCUGUUUGAUAUUGUUACAACAAACAUGAUUCAUGGUCCAUGUGGUACUCUUAAUAGUUCAUCGCCUUGCAUGGCUGAUGGAAAAUGUACUAAAAAUUUCCCUAAAGAUUUUACCAAUGAUACGGUCACAAAUGUCGACGGAUACCCAAUAUAUCGUCGAAGAAAUCCUGAAAAUGGCGGACAAUCAUUUAUUAAAAAUAUCAUCAACACAGACAUUGAUAUUGACAAUCGUUGGGUGGUGCCAUAUUCGCCUCUGCUGAGCAAGACAUAUAAUGCUCAUAUUAAUGUUGAGUUCUGCAGUUCUGUGAAGAGCAUCAAAUACAUUUGCAAGUAUGUCCAUAAAGGCAGUGAUAUGGCUGUGUUUAGAGUGGAAAAUACUAAUGUGAAUGCUCCUCCAGUGAAUAAAAACGAUGAAAUAACGCUCUACCAAAUUGGUCGGUACAUUUGGGUACAAACGUUUUCACAAAAGAAGAUUCUGAACGCAACAAAAAAAACAACAGCUGGCAGUGCGAAGUCUGCCGGUUCGUAUUUCAGUUGUCAUAGUGCAAAAAUUAGAAACGAAAAAAGAUCAAAUUCGUCCUUAUCCAAACCCAAUAAAAAUAUCUUCAUGGGCCUUGACGGCUAUUAGGGUUGAUUGGAGAUUAUACAAUGACGAAUGUUUUAAUCCCAUAUUAAAAUGGGAACGAUGCUAAAGACGUCUAAUGACUUUAAUGGCAACAGUGGUAUUGUUAUCCGAAAGAUGACGUGAGUAUAUUGUACUGCCUUGUACUGAUAUUAUUUUGUUAAGCUGAAGGACGUCAGUGGGCAAGAUUUGCUCGGGUUGCUGUUUGAAUGAUAGCUGUUUGAGAAGCAUUUAAAUGUAACUAACUGUUUUAUGGCGAACAUCAGGGCGAAUAUGCUUAUCUCACUCUGCAUCUUCUUCAUUUGCAAAAAGAUUCAUUUGUGCGAUCAUAAAUGCUUGCUCCAACGGAGCGCCGGGAUAUUUUUCUCAGUGCUGAUUAAGGAUGGUCAUCUGUUGUUGUACAGAUUUUAAGCGGUUGUUGGUAGCCAAGCUUCCUUUUAUCACCACUUUGAUGGUAAAGUCAACAAUUUUGGAGCAGCUGUGGGAGGAAGUCUUCGUAGAACCAGCAACAUUAGACAAGAAAUAUGGGUAUUGGAUAUUGGCGGCUCAUCUGAAUGUUCGGUUUAAUGGUGCCGUUCAAUAGGCGCUUGUUAUUUUCUUUUGAAAACAGUGCAGCUAGCCGAGUCAAUGACCUCUUGAAUAUUCUGGAUGACAUUUUGAUGUUCACUCCCCGAAUGAAGUUGUCGGGUCCAGAAUAUUUUUUAAUGACUCUUUCAAAAUCAAGCUCAUUACAGGAACAUUUUCUUCCUUCAUAAAGACUAGCAUAAGGACCCUCUUUAAUGUUUAGAGAUUCUUUCGUUUGGGUGGAUUUUGCACCUCUUACUGGUACUCACACGACUGUUUCUUCCAAAAAGGCAUGCUUCAGUCUCCCAUAUUUUUUUCACGAUUUUUCGCAAGGGAUGAUGUUGGCAUCAGAAGAAGUAUUUAAUGGCUACUACUCGAAUUAACCCAUCAAAAAAUGAAAGCCAGCAAUACAAGAGAACUAUUUUUGUCAUUAUUUUGUAGGGAACAUUAGGGAACAUUUUGUAAGUGAGCAUUAUUUUGUAACGUUUGAGCUGUUUGCAUUGCGUGUUAAGUUUGUGCCUGGCUUAUUUCAUCCAUUAAAGGAAUUACUGUACCUAUAUUGAAUACCUCCGCUCCGAAUGUGUCCUUUACUGACUUUUGCUGUAAGCUAACUUGAAUACCUCUGCUCCGAAUGUGUCUGUUCGUCCGUAGA